AUGCUCCAGAAGCAGGUACCCGCCUGGAACUCCCACUAUAUACCAGACCCAUACCAAGCAGAAGAUGGCAGACCCUUGGGUACCUGCGCCUUGGAGGAGGGGAGGUCUACAUGCUACCUGCUAACAGUGAGGGUCAUCCGGAUGAAAAAUGUCCGACAGGCUGACAGGGUGAGCCAGACAGAUUGCUAUGUGAGCCUCUGGCUGCCCACCGCCUCUCAUGAGAAGCUGAAGACUAGGACCAUCUCCAACUGCCCAAACCCAGAAUGGGAUGAAAGCUUCAACUUCCAGAUCCAGGGCCAAGUGAAGAAUGUGCUAGAGCUGAGCGUCUGUGAUGAAGACACAGCGACACCAGAUGACCAUCUCUUGACAGUGUUCUAUGACCUCACCAAGCUCUGCUUCAGGAAGAAAACCCAUGUGAAGUUCCCUCUCAGCCCAGAGGGUGAGGAGCUGGAGGUGGAGUUCCUGCUGGAUAAGAGGCCCUCUCCCCCUGAGGCCCUCAUCACCAAUGGCGUGCUGGUGGCUCGACAGGUGUCCUGCCUGGAGGUUCAUGCGGAAUCCAGAAGGCAGAGGAAGAACAGGAAAAGGAAGGACCUCCUGGUAACAGUGACAGAGUCCUUCGAGCAAACUCAGCGCAUCUCGCAAUGCCUGGAACCCUGCUGCCCAAACCCUGCCUCCUUCCACUACCCCAAGUAUUUCCAGUCCCAGUUGCACGCGGACAUGCCCCGAAAACAAUGGAGCUGCGGGCUUUGCUGCUGUGGCGCACACAAGAAUGGCCCUAUCAGUCAGCCCCUGGAUUGCCUCACUGAUGGCCAGGCGAUGACCAUUCCUGUGGGAGAGAACUGUGAAUUACAUAUGAAGUCAACACCAUGCCCCCAGACGCUAGACGUGCGGUUGGGCUACAGUUUGUGCCCGGAAGAGCUAGAGUUCCUGCAGAAGCGGAAGGUGGUGGUGGCCGAGGCGCUGAAGCGGGUGUUGCAGCUGGAGGAGGACUUGCAGAUGGACGAGGUACCGCUCAUAGCCAUCAUGGCCACCGGGGGUGGAACAAGAUCCAUGACCGCCAUGUAUGGCCACCUGCUGGGGCUGCAGAAGCUGAACCUCCUGAACUGUGCCAGCUACAUUACAGGCCUGUCAGGGGCCACCUGGACCAUGGCUACCUUGUACAGUGACCCUGACUGGUCUUCCAAAAACCUGGAGGCUGCCAUCCUCGAGGCCCGGAGGCAUGUGGUCAAGGACAAGAUGCCCGCCCUGUUCCCAGACCAGCUCCUCAGAUACCGGGAGGAGCUCCAGCAGCGCAGCAAGGACGGCUAUAAGGUCACCUUUACAGACUUCUGGGGCCUGCUGAUCGAGGCCUGUCUGGGGGAUGAGAGAAAUGAAUGCAAACUGUCAGAGCAGCGCGCUGCUUUGAGCCAGGGCCAGAACCCCCUGCCCAUCUACCUCACCAUCAAUGUGAAGGAUGAUGUAAGCAACCAGGAUUUCAGAGAGUGGUGCGAGUUUUCCCCGUACGAGGUGGGCCUGCAGAAGUAUGGGGCCUUCGUCCCCACCGAGCUCUUCGGCUCUGAGUUCUUCAUGGGACGGCUGAUGCGGAGGAUCCCAGAGUCUCGGAUGUGCUACAUGCUAGGUUUAUGGAGCAGCAUCUUCUCUGUGAACCUGCUUGAUGUCUGGAAUUUUGUCCGAUCCUCAGAAGAGUUUUUCCACAGGUGGACAAGGGAGAAAGUGCAAGACAUCGAAGAUGAACCGCUCCUUCCUGAAAUCCCCAAAUGUGAUGCCAAUGCCCUGGACACCUCUGUGGUGACCCCAGCGUCGUGGCUGUCCAAUACAUUCCGCAACGUCCUCACCUAUCGAUCCUUUGCGUCUGAGUUCCACAACUUCCUGUUGGGGCUGCAGCUGCACACCGACUACCUCCAGAAUGGCCAGUUCUCCAAGUGGAAAGACACUGUGCUUGACAGCUUCCCGAACCAGCUGACACAGUCCAUGAACCACUUGUGUCUGCUGGACACCGCAUUCUUCAUCAACUCCAGCUACCCACCCCUCCUCAGGGAGGAGAGAAAAGCCGACCUCAUCAUUCACCUCAAUUAUAGUGCCGGGUCCCAGACAAAGCCAAUGAAACAAACCUGUGAGUACUGCUCAGUGCAGAAUAUCCCCUUCCCCGAAUAUAACUUGCAAGAGGAGGGGAAUAAUCAUCUCAAGGAAUGCUGCCUGAUGGAGAACUCCCAGGAACCUGAUGCCCCUAUUGUGCUUUUCUUCCCACUCAUCAAUGACACCUUCCAAAAGUACAAGGCGCCAGGUGUGGAGCGAAGCCCUGAGGAGCUGGAAAAGGGCCAGGUUAAUAUUUAUGGCCCCAAAACUCCCUAUGCCACCAAGGAGCUGACAUACACAGAGGAAGACUUUGACAAGUUGGUGAAGCUCUGUGAGUACAACAUCCUGAAUAACAAGGACAAGCUCCUUCAGGCCUUGCGGAUGGCGGUGGAGAAGAAAAAACUACUGAAGAACCAGUGUCCAUUAGUCCCGGGGAGCUUCACCGAUCCUGUGUCUGCUUCUACCAUCCCAGACGCGGAACCCAGCUACGCUGACCAGCCUGCACAGCCGGCUCUGCUCUCUGGCAAUAGGUGCAGGCAGGCUGGCCUGGGCUCUCUAUCAAAAAAAUAAAAAGUAAAAAAAGUUGAGGGAG